UGCCGUCGCCAUGCUGAAGCUGAGCAAAGAGGCGAAGCAGCGGCUGCAGCACUUCUUCAAAGGUGGCCAGUUCGCUAUCUGGUGGGGUUUUAUCCCCGUCGUGCUCUAUCUAGGCUUUAAGAGAGGUGCAGAUCCUGGAAUGCCUGAACCAUCCCUUCUAAGUUUGCUUUGGAGAUGA